AAACAAUAUUAAGAAAAUUCCGAUAAAAUGAAGAAAAGCUUAUAAAAAUGACUUUUUUCAAUGGUGAAUUCUUUAUUAUAUAGUAAAUUUUUUUGUUUCUCCGCUCUAUAAACAUAAUUAGCAAAAUUAUAUCAUCCUCUUCCUUCUCUCUUCUUUUCCUCUUUGAGACCCUCAAAGGAAUCAUCUUUAGAUUCAUUCUAGGGCAAAUGCUCCCAUAAAUAAUCUUAAACAAGUUUCUCCUGGCUUCAAAAUCUGGUAGAGAGAAAUGGAAGUUCAUAUUGUUGCAAGAGAGGUUAUCAAGCCUUCUUCACUAGCUAUUCAACAUCAAAAACCCUACAAGUUCUCUCUUUUCGACCAGCUUACCCCUACAACUUAUGUUCCAGUUAUUUACUUCUACCCCAAUAACAAUAAUUCUGAACCCAAUCUCAUUCGUCAAAUCCUAACCCACUUAAAAGAAUCUCUUUCUCAAACCCUUGAUCUCUAUUAUCCCUUUUCUGGAAGAACAAAUGAUAACCUCUACGUGGAUCGUUUUGAUGAAGGGGUUCCAUUUUUUGAAGCUAAAGUGAAAUGUUCCAUGUCAGAUUUCCUUAAGCGACAUGAAACUGAGUGGUUGAAUCGUUUCCUUCCAUGCCGACCCUUUACCAAGGAAGUGAACAUGAGCAUACCCUUUUUCGCUUUUCAAGUGACCAUAUUUACUUGUGGAGGAAUAGCUUUGGGCUGGUGCAUGUCGCACAAGCUCUUUGAUGGAUUAACAGCUUCAGCUUUCGUUACUACAUGGGCUUCUAUAUUUCGUGGAGAGCUUCAGGAUGUUAUAAAACCAGAUCUAAACGAGGCAUCGCUUGUUUUCCCUCCAAAGAUUUCGUUUCCACAAAAACAUUUGUCUCUGAUGGAAAGCUUGUGGUUCACUAAAGCUAAUUACGUUACAAGGAGAUUUGUGUUUGAUGCCAAAGCCAUCUCCACUCUGCGAGAUAGGACAAAAGGCAAACUAGCGGUUCCACCGAGUCGCAUUGAGACUCUGUCAUGUUUCAUUUGGAAAUGUAGCAUGACUGCAUCGAAGAUAAUAUCAGGUACCACAAAGCCGUCUAUUUUGGCUGAAGCAGUGAAUCUCCGGCAAAAGACGAAGCCACCCAUGUCCGAUGCCUCCUCUGGUAAUUUGUUCUGGUGGGCAAUUGCAGUUGCCAACCCUACAGAUACAAACACAGAGUUGCAUGAUCUGGUGGGCCUGUUAAGUGAAGCAAUUGCAGUGUAUAAAAGUGAUUACACGCAUACUCUUCAAGGUGAAGAUGGGUUUGAAAUCUUGUCUGAUUACUGUGACCAGCUAGAAGAGUUAUUUUCCCUGGAGAAACCAGAUAUAUUUGCAUUUACGAGCUGGAGCCACAUGAGUUUAACUCGUCCAAACUUUGGAUGGGGAGAGCCCUUUUGGGUUGGUGUCAUGGGAAAAGCUGGUGCUGAGUUUAGAAACCUCACAGUAUUCAUUGAUACAACAGAUGGUAAAGGAAUAGAGGCAUGGAUCACCUUAGAUGAGCAAAGAAUGGCCAUACUGCAACAUGAUCCUGAGUUUUUAGCAUUUGCUUCUCCAAAUCCAAGGAUUUCUAGCCUGUAACUUGUUCUUCAAAGCUUAAUUACUUACUAUAUGUCAUUAUAGGCAGCAGGCUAUCCAGAUAUGCUCUGUUUGCAAUUAACUAAGCUCUAGUCAAUUAAUUUCCUUAAUUAGCUGUGUGUGUAAUGUAUAUAGAGCAAUAAUUGAUGUGGUUUCCUACUUAGCAGGUAUGCUUAUUGAGAAAGCCAAUUAAUUUCCUUGA